AUGAGUGGAGCCGGUGCUGCCGUUGCUGAGGAGUUAUUGUCGUCUAUUACCGAUGUUGUUAACCUAUGGCUCUUUGGUAAGUGCCCUUCCAUUCUGGGUGAGUUCGUAGCUAGUGCGCCCCUAACUCCAUUACUCAAGCCUGGCGGCGGUCUGAGACCAAUUGCAGUCGGUACCAUCUGGCGUAGACUUUGCUCGAAAUUGGCUGCCACGUCUGUCACAAAGGAUAUGACCGAAUACCUAGCUUAUCAGUAUGGUGUUGGUAUUCCUUGUGGUGGGGAAGGUAUUUUGCACUCUGCGAAUAGGCUAUUGGAGCUAAUGGGUGCUGACCACACCCGGUCUAUGUUGUUGAUAGACUUCUCAAAUGCUUUCAAUCUUGUCGACCGUUCCACUAUAAUUAAGGAGGUGAGAACCCAUUGUCCAAGCAUCUCUUAUUGGGUCGAGUUUUUCUAUGCGAAACCAGCUAGGCUGUAUUAUCAAGAUCAUGUUCUCUCUUCUGCCAUGGAUGUUCAACAGGGUGAUCCCCUUGGUCCUCUUUUAUUUGCUUUGGUUCUUCAUCCUCUUGCCGAGAAGAUUGCUACUAAUUGUACUUUAGACUUCCAUGCUUGGUACUUAGAUGACGGCACUAUUGCGGGUGAUACUAAGGAAGUGUCUAAAGCUCUUAAAAUUCUCCAGGAAGAUGGACCUAGCUCUGGUUUACACUUGAACAUCGCGAAGACGGAACUGUUUUGGCCAUCUUAUGAUCCGAGACGAGAUUUGUACAAUGUCUUUCCUACCAAUAUUGGCAGACCAGCGGGUGGUGUUACACUUCUUGGUGGACCGGUCAGCUUGGAUAUGGAGUUUUGCAGCAACAUUUUUCGGGGUCGGGUGGAUAAAACCUUGCAGCUUAUGAAUAAUAUUCAAGAACUACAAGACCCCCAAAGUGAGUUGUUGCUUUUGCGUAGUUGUGCUGGUGUCUCAAGGUUAUAUUUCUCUCUUCGCACCACCUUCCCCGAGGCACUCCAGGUUGCAGGGUCUCGCUUUGAUGACCACCUUGUGCAGUAUCUGCGCCGGCUUGUGGUUGGAGAUGGGGCUGGUUUUGGUUUGAUUCAACAACGAUUAGCCACCCUUCCAAUCAAAGAUGGUGGUUUUGGCACUCAACACUUGCAGAAUUCAAUUCUGAAGCUGCCAGCAACAACUGAACUGUCUCAAGGUUUUCAACACGCGAUACAAGGCUUCACCCAAGCUUGUGGUCUAUCCUUAUCGGAUUUCAACAUCAAUGACGCUGCCCCCCAUUUCAUGAAGUCUCUGGCAGUUAUCUACUUCGGUGUUGUCAAGGAAAAGGUACCCUCUUGCUUCUCGUUAUCUACGCGUGAAUCCACCAUUUGGCAAUGUAAUAGGGAAGAGCAUGCAAUGGGUUUUCUUAAGGAUAUCCCUAUUCCAGGGCUUAACCAAGUUGUUGGGCCUAGACAGUUCAGUUCUGUCCUACAGUAUCGUUUAGGGAUACCUCUCUUUGAGAAGGAUAGCAAAUGUGCAUGUUGUGGUAAACAUAUGGAUAUUUUUGGAGAUCAUGCUAUUCAUUGUGCUAGUGAGGUAGGGGUUAAAUUUAGACAUGACAUGGCCAAAGAUGUCUUAGUGGAUAUAUGUUACAAAGCAGGGAUUGUGGCUAGGAAAGAGGUGUCUCUAGGGCUUAUUUCAGCAGACAACAAGGAACUUCGGACGGCGGAUAUCAUGGUCUAUAACUGGGAAAACGACAGAGAUGUGUGUAUGGAUGUCACCGGGAUUUCUCCUUUUACUAGUGCUAGGACUCUCAAAUUUAUACCAGGGUCUGCUAUUUCUGCAGCCAUCACUCACAAGAACAAUAAGUACCUGGACAAGUGCACUUCACUCGGCUAUGGUUUUGGGGUUCUAGCCUUUACCACUUUCGGGGAGCUUAUUCCUGAUUUAACAUCCUUUUUAAAGAGAUUGAGAAAUUGUAUGGUCCUGACUUGGAUAGGACCUGGUGGUGGAUGGAAAGUGAAUUGCAGGUGCUGUGAAGGUGGUGGAGAAGCAAGGAUGAUGGACUGGAUGCAGAUGCAGUGGUGGAAUGGUGGUUGUUCAGCGAGCACUAGGGUUGCAGCAGCUGUAGAGGGGGUAUGA